AUGAGUGGCAUACAGAAUGAGGCUUUUCUUCCCGAAUUGGAGAACGGUUCAACGCUAAGCAAGCGAAAAUCCAAUGGAUUCACGACAGUCGUUGAGGAACUUCCAUCGAUAUCGUAUCAGAACGAUGAGGCGCCACCCAUCGAUAGCCGGACGAUCCAACAACCGGACGAUGCGUCAACCAAACUCUACGACAGACUCACCGGAGCCAUCGAGCGCCACCGGAAGCUCAUCCAGCUGGGCAUCUACAUCAUACUCAACGUCAUCGUUAUCGUGUUUUUCGGCUUCGCCACCAAUUAUUACCUCGAGUAUGAACAAACGGACUGCGGCAUGCAGUGGUGCGAUGGGUACGGUAUGCUGGUACUGAUCGUUGGCUUCGUCUAUUUGGGGCUGCUGUACUAUCAAGUAGUGAAGCCAUUACUAGGCACUCUCUUCAAGCAGCGCAUCGUGGAACCCAUCACGAGGCACGUUUCCAACUUCUCCAAGCUCUGGUACAUCCGACUGGCCGCGGUAUGUGCCGUGUUGGUCGGUUUCGCGCUGUUUGUGUUUUUUGAAACCCGCAACCAAACCGAACGGCUCGUAUCCCUGUCCGGGAUGGCGUUCCUGAUGGUGAUCUCGUUCGUGAUUUCGAAACAUCCCACCAAAAUCAACUACCGCCCCGUCAUACUGGGCGUAAUCUUUCAGUUCCUGCUUGGAUUGUUCUGCAUCCGCUGGGAGGUCGGACGGAGCAUAUUCUCCUGCAUCGGUAAUAAGGUCGCGACGUUCCUCAACUUCACCCAGGCUGGUGCGACGUUCGUGUACGGAUCGCUACUAGCCGGGGAUGGCGAGAACGAGUACGCGAUCUUCGCGUUCGCCGUUUUAUCUGUGAUAUACUUCUUCAGCUUUUGCAUCUCGAUCUUAUACUACCUUGGCGCGAUGCAGUGGAUCGUGCUGAAGCUGGGCUGGAUCCUGCAAGCCAUCCUUGGCACGACGGUGUGCGAGAGUGUGAUCGCUGCGGCCAACAUUUUCCUCGGUAUGAGCGAAUCACCGCUACUGAUACGACCGUACUUGAAGGAUCUAACCUACUCGGAGAUCCACUCAGUCAUGACUUCGGGUUAUGCGACUGUCUCCGGCACGGUACUGGCCGCGUACAUCUCAUUUGGCGCCAAUCCUGCGCAUUUAAUCACGGCCAGCGUGAUGGCAGCUCCCGGUGCGCUUUGCUUUGCCAAGAUGAUCUACCCAGAAACAGAGGAAAGCAAGACACGAUCGGACAACAUUCAGAUGGAGGAAGCGACCGACUCAUCCAUCCUAGAUGCCGCUAGCAACGGUGCCAGUGCGGCCACACCGAUUGUCCUGGGAAUCAUUGCCAACCUGAUUGCGUUCGUGUCUUUUAUCGCCUUCUUAAACGGGGUGCUUUCGUGGUUCGGGUGGCGUGUCGGCUGGGAGGACGUGUCGUUGGAGUCCAUUUUUGGGGCCAUUUUCCGCCCAUUGGCGUUUGUGAUGGGUGUCCCGUGGGAUGAUAGCUACUACGUUGGGAAAGUCAUUGGCAUCAAGAUGAUCGUGAAUGAGUUUGUAGCGUUCGAACGGUUGGGAGAGUUCGCUAAGGACAACUUAAUUUCGCCUCGAUCAGCUGCGAUUGCGACAUACUCCGUGUGCGGGUUUGCAAAUCCCAGCUCGAUGGGCAUUGUAAUCGGCAGCUUGAGUGCUAUGGCCCCCAACAAGCGUCAAGCCCUCACAUCGGUGGCAUUUCGGGCAUUUUUGUCGGGAUCGAUCGUAUGUUUUAUGACCGCCAGUAUAGCCGGGCUGCUGAUGGACGAAUCGAUCUUCAACAAUUUUGGCAAGGCUGCUUCGCUCGACGUGUCGCUGGUGCUGAACAAUGCCACCGGAAUGCCACUGUUAACUCAUUAG